AUGGUCCUUAACCACAUAGAACAUUCAGCGGAUCCAACCCCAGCCUCAUCCGUUCUGGAUGCUGACAAGUUGAAGCCUUAUAUUCCACUUGCUAGCCUUGCCAAUGAUGGCUGGUCCAGAGACAAUGAAGCAACAGCAACCUGUUAUUGUGGCACCGUACAAAUCGCUUUUCCAACGGUCGGUCCAGGCUUCCUUUAUGCUUUUGUAUGCAAUUGCACCGACUGCCGCAAAAUCACUGCUUCGAUGUUUGCCUCUAAUUUCGUCAUAAAAGACGAACAUCUCAAACACAUCCGCGGCCAGUCCAAUCUGAAGACCUUCUCGCAAAACAAGACUAUUGCCUCCCAUGCCGUCAUGACAAACUACUUCUGCAACACAUGUGGAUCGCUGAUGUACCGUGUUGCGGAUAGGCUUCCUGGGGCAAGUAUCUUAAGAUUGGGUACAGUGGAUGAUUUUAAUCUAGUGGAGACGCGGUUGAAACCAACAAUAGAGAUUUUUGUCAAAGAUCGGGUGGGCUGGUUUACGGGGGUGUCUGGGGAGGAGGUAGAGAGGUUUAACGCGAGUCCCGCAUGA